ACGUGCCCUGACGUCAUGUGGAAAUAUGAAACAGCCGUCGUGUGAUUGAACGCACGCCCAAGAAUCCACACUGCACAUGACAUGACACAAAGCCCGUGUUGAAUGCGUGGAGCACGUGCGCGGUUGUCUGGCUGGUAAUAAAUCCGUUGUCAACAGCGGCAGCAUCAUUUACGCGUUGUGGGUGCUGCUGUGUGUGGUUCUCGGCAUCUCCGGAUAGCAUCCCUUCCGCGGUUCGUUGUCCUCCCUUCAGUGCCAUCCUCGUCUUCUCACCGUGAACACGGCAAACAACUCGACCUACCCCCAAGCUCCCAGACUCCACAGAGAGUUUAGAGAGAACACUCACACGGUGUAUAAAUACCUUCAAGAUGGAGUCUGAUGUGGGUCUCUUCCAGGCGUUGUUCUUCACCUCUCUGACGGUGAAUCUGUGCAGCUGGCUGCAUUUUGGUCUCUUCGCUCUGAUGGACAAGCUCGUGGCUCCGGAGACCCACAACAAAGUCACUAAACUACGGCUUGCUCACAAACACAAUGCAGCCUUCAUGAGAAACUUUUACGUUGAUGCGGUUCUCUUCACAAUACUCCCCAUCGCGACCAUAGUACUAACAUUCACCUCGGGUGCCCUGGUGUCGCCCUUCAAAGCCCCUUACCCUCAGGAGCUCCGGGUACUGUUCAGCGUCGUCUGCGGCAUCUUCAUCUUUCUGCUGUUCCGAGUCUGUCUGGUAGCCAAGAACAGCCCCAUCAAAUACAUGAACAUCAUCAUAUAUGUCGUGUCAGUUGCCGCCUCAUCUACCGUGUUGCUGACCGGAGAGGACGCCAGCAUUGGCCUGAUUCUGGCAGUCUCCACUGGCGACAUCCUCCUCCUGAACCUUGGCAAGCUGACGGAGGCCGUUGUCCGGGUGUCUGAUGAACGCUACCAGAAGUUGGUGGUGUUCCUGGCAGCCUACGCCUGCAUGAUCUUCCGUGCCUUCCUGCCUCUGGCCUGCAUCUCCAUCUCGCUGGUCAACGGCAAGCCCUUCAACAUGAGCUACCCGUCCAUCUUCUUCUUCUUCGUUGGUAUCCUGUUCUUCGGCGCCAUCAACACCUGGCAAGUCAACGUGGCGCUCUCCAGACUCUGCCGACGUAAGAGGGAGACGGUGGUGGAGGUGCCUUACCGUCAAUUCGGUGGCAGUGACGGGGAGCCCAAGCCCGAGGACAUCGCCGUGGCUAGUUCCUCCAUCGAGGUACCGCCCUCCUACAACGAAGUCUGCGGAGACAAUUCGUACUUGCCAGCAUUCCUCCCAAGCCCGUCGGACAGGUGUAAUGACACAGCGCCCGCUGUCGGCGCAGGAAGUGAACUUCUCACCCUCGAUGCCAGUGCAUUGUCUGAUAUGGCAGACAUGCGAAACUCAUCAGUAGAACUAACUUCAGAGACUGUUUCUGACACUGCAGCAUUGGUAUAAAGUCAGUUCACUAGUUAAGAUUGAAAAAAAACCUUGAAAUAUCGAAGUAUAAUAUGGUCUUUGGCACUUGCCAAGUCAACACUGUGGUUAAUUAUUUUAAGUUAUUUUAAUUUGCAAUAUAAAGAGCCCUGUUUUACUUAGGCGUCUUAUUGGUUAUCAAUACUCAAUUCCAUAGCGUAUAGCUAAGGGCAGAAAUGAUCACCUAAUGUGCUUACAACACUAACAAAGAAAUUCUGCCCUAACUGGUGCUUACCGCGGUGGAAUAAUUAUACCGUUAAAGCGGAGAGAAUUCUGAUAAUUUGUUUUAAUAGAUGCUUGCUUACGUAAGCAGAGCCAUGACAGUUGGAAGGGAUCAUUUUAUUGCCUUGUUUCAGACAUGAUUUUGAACAUUGUGUGGGCAUGAGAAGCUGCACUGAUUUUUUUUUUUUUGUAUAGCGUCAUUGUAUUAAAAGAACGAAGUCUCACAGGAACUCAUACAGUAUUGAAAUGUAAAUGUUACGUGUUGAUGAGUUGUACUCCUAACUUAUUGUACGUAACUGUAAUAUGUUUUGAAUAUUUUGUGCGAAUCGGCCUUUCCGAUUUCAAAGGGGAAAAAUGACUUUAUCUUGUAAAUAAUUAGUGGUUUUUUUUCCAGGGAAUUUGCAGAACCGUGUCUAUAUACUUUGUACAGGCAAACUGUCACUAUUUAUGUCACAAUCUAGUCGUUGCCCUGUCGGCAAUGAAACUUUCACCUGUCAAUGUUGGUAAUGGUAGUUUUAAUUACUCUAUCAAACGCAACGAUGUAACAGGAUGUAUUUCCACACAAACAAUUGUGGACGAUUUACUUUACUAAUUUAUGUGAAAUAACAACCGUUUGUAACGUAUUUCUUCGCUGGGAACCAGUGCAAUCACUGAUGUAUAUCCGGUCAAAGAAAAAAAACAACUUAACAAUUAUUGCCUGGAUGGAUAUAAAAAAAACAGAAAAAAAUAUUGCAACCUGACGCCACUUUUCUCUUCAUAUAUCAUCUCAAUGAAGGUCAGUCAUUGCAAAAGUGAUGAAUCUGGGACUGAGAAACAUUUCCAAUUUUGUAAGGAAUGAUACUUAGUAAAUGUCUUGUCUCUCCAUAGACUUUGUGCACAACCGCUGAAGUAGCGUCAGGUUGCAACAUUUUUUCCCAAAAAAAUUGACAAUAAUUGCCUGGAUGGAUAUACCCGACUAAGCGCUGCUUGAUAAUUUGUUUUAGAAAUUCUUGAAAUUAUAGUUUUUUGGGUUUUUUUUUAUUUGUAUUUUCAAGAUUGGUAAGAUAUAAAAUGAUCAAUAAAAUGAAGCAGACACGCCCUUCUGGGUCACGUAGAA